CAACCAGCAAAAAGCCCCACCCACCACCAUAUCUGUUCCAAAUUGUAAUUAGAAAAAUAUAUAAGAAAGGUUGAUCUGUGAAAACAAGACUCAUAAAAAGAUAAUCCAUAUUCUUUAUUAAUUAACAUUACACGAAAAGGGUCACAAAAGUGUAACAGGUUAGCGUUUUCUCUUAGCUUCUAAGCCAAAAGAAGCUGAUGGUUACGUGCCUGGCAUGCGAAGUUAUAAUUCUUCUGGUUAAGCCAAUGGCGGGCUUUCAUUUUCAGGCUUAGUGCUUUUUGAAUUGAGGCUAUCAAACGAGCAGGAUAGAGCAAUGGCAUCUCUUACACCAGGAGUACUAAUAAAGCUUCUUCAGAGUAUAAACUCUAAUGUAAAGGUUCGUGGAGAUUACCGGUCAGUUCUCUUGCAAGUGAUUAGCAUUGUCCCUGCCAUUUCUGGCUCUGAAUUAUGGCCUGACCAUGGUUUCUUCCUUAAAGUCUCUGACUCUUCUCAUUCGACGUAUGUCUCCCUCUCCAAGGAAGACAAUGAGCUUAUCUUGAACAACAAGUUACAGCUUGGUCAAUUCUUCUAUGUGGAGAGGGUCAAGGGAGGGAAGCCGGUUCCUACUCUUGUUGAGGUUCGACCAGUUCCAGGACGACACCCUUUCGUGGGGAACCCCAAGGAUUUGAUGCAAAUGUUAGAGCCAUCAGAGAGUCCGGUCCAGGCUGAUCAUUUUGAGGGAACCAACGGUUCAAGAUCUAAAGAGAUGGUGGAGGUGAAGGAGGAAAAUACAAGACAAAAGAUUGUCAUUAAGGAAGAAAAGGCGGUUGUUGCAUCCCGGUAUAUGCAAGGUUUUAACACACCAAACGCCAAAUCUUGUGGAGCAGAUUCUAAUGGAUCAACUGGAAAGGGCAAUAAUGACAACGAGAGUGGUGGAAAAAAGUCUGGUAUUAUUAGAGGAAAGCAACAAGAGCAAACUAGUCAGGCAUGUCCACUGACUACUAAGAAUCGAUCUGAUACACUCUCAUCAAGGCCAGAUUUUGUUAUAUCUAACAAUACUAGGGGUGCUCAUCCGAUCCGAUCCAAUCUUUUUAUCCCCAACCAAUCUGAUCCAAAUAAAAGUUUUGAAUUCAAAGAAAGUCAGGUACCACCCAAGAACACUUCUACAAAACGCAUGUUGAGUAAACAGGAAAACGUGAACAUGAAUUUGUCAUCAAACAACAGAGACAGGAAUGAUUCUCCCGAAGCACUUCUCUGGUCUUCUUUGCCUGCUAAUCUCUUAAAAACUGGAAAGGGAAUGCUUAGGAGGAGGAAUUUAGCUUCUUUGGUUGCAACAGAAGCUCAAAAAGAAGCAACCAAAGCUGCAACACUUGUCAAGUGCCUCAGUAUGUUUGCUGAUCUUUGCUCAUCUGCCUCACCCGAGAAUCCGCACCUCUCUUUCAACACGUUCUUCAUGCUUAGCAAGAUCAUUGACCAGUCAAAUGAGAUCAUUCCAUUGAAGGAUAAAUCUUUGCCAUUAAAUACAAUCUCCUCACCUUCAAACACAGAGAAACCAACUGGCAAAAAGAAUACUCGAAAAAGUACAUUGAAGGCAACCAAGAUCGCCGCUGAAGUAAGUGGAAUUGAGAAACUUGAAUGGGCUAAAGGAGAUAGUACAAAAGAGAUAAAAGAUCUGAGAGAGCUUCUCUUGAGUGAAACAAGAUCUUGGUUUCUUAAAUUCUUGGAUGCAGCUUUAGAUGAUGGCUUUCGCCUCAACAAUCAAGAGAAGAAAGGUAAGAACAGUGCAGGGCGGCGAGUUGAGCCAGACAACCAUAUUGCUAUCACAUUAUCACAACUUAAGAAUGCAAAUGAGUGGUUAGAAAAACUAAAAAGCAACUCAAGCUCGGAGAAUGAUGGAUUAAUGGAGACCGUUGAUCGGUUGAAGAAAAAAGUAUAUUCUUGUUUGCUUAGUCACGUAGAGUCUGCAGCAUCCGCCCUUGAGAACAAAUCUGAUCGUGGUUGAUGAGAAAAAUGGAAUGUUUUGGACUUAUUCUUUUAUUUAUGAAUUAUUUAUUAUAGGAAAGGUGAUGUUACUCUUUUAGAAAGCUUCAUUUGAGUUGGAAAAUCUUGAUGAACAUGUUGCAAAUGUAAAUUAUUUGUGCUUGUUGUGUGUAUAAUAACAAUAACAAUAAAGUUACAUUCUUUAAAAA